CAGGGCCAAGGGGUCACGGCCACCACAGGGAAAGUCUUCAGCUGGCGCACAGAGGAGCAGCCACGCGGCAGAAGCCAUGACACCCUCCACCUUCACCCUCCUCCUCAUCUUCCUAUUCCUGGAGGUGCUGACUGUUCCCAAGCCCAGCCGUGGCCUCCGGCGGCAGAAGAGGGACUGGAUCAUUCCCCCCAUCAACUGUCCUGAGAAUGAGCGGGGGCCCUUCCCCAGGAAGGUGGUGCAGAUCAAAUCCAACAAGGACAAGGAGACCAAGGUUUUCUACAGCAUCACAGGGCAGGGGGCAGACACCCCCCCCGUGGGCAUCUUCACCAUCGAGCGGGAGACAGGGUGGCUGGAGGUGACGAAGCCACUGGACCGAGAGGAGAAAGAUAAAUAUGUUCUCUUCUCCCACGCUGUGUCAGCCAACGGGCAGCCCGUGGAGGAUCCCAUGGAGAUCAUCAUCACUGUGUUGGACCAGAAUGACAACCGGCCUGUCUUCACCAAGCAAGUCUUCAUUGGCUACAUCGAGGAGAAUGCCAAGCCGGGCACGUCCGUGAUGACGGUGAACGCCACGGACGCAGACGACGCAAUCAACGUGAACAACGGCAUCAUCGGCUACUCCAUCCUGAGCGAGGAGCCCAAGAGUGCCCAGCAGAUGUUCACCAUCGACCCUGAGAAGGGCAUCAUCAGUGUCAUUGGCACCGGGCUGGACCGGGAGACCACUCCCAACUACACGCUGAUCAUCCAGGCUGCGGACCAGGAGGGCACUGGCCUGACCAACACCGCCACCGCCAUCGUGGAAGUCACCGAUGCCAACGACAACCCCCCCAUCUUCAACCCCACCUCGUACGAGGGGUCAGUGAAGGAGAAUGAGGCAGGGCUGGUGGUGACCCGGCUGCACGUGACAGACCAGGAUGUGCCGGGCUCCCCUGCCUGGCAAGCCGUCUACCGCAUCAAAAGUGGGGACCAGGACGGUGACUUCAGCAUCUCCACUGACCCCAAAACCAACGAUGGCAUCCUGAAAACUGCCAAGGGCCUGGAUUACGAGAGCAGGAGCCGGUACAACCUGGUGGUGACAGUGGAGAACGCUGUCCCCUUUGCCGUGCCCUUGGGGCUCUCCUCAGCCAGCGUCCUGGUGGUGGUCACAGAUGAGAACGAAGCCCCCAUCUUCGUGCCCCCAGUCAAGACAGCAGAGGUGAUGGAGGACCUGCCGCUGGGCCACCAGGUCACCUCCUAUACUGCGCAGGACCCCGACAGGGACCAGAGGCAGAAAAUCACGUACCGCAUGGGCAGCGACCCCGCGGGGUGGCUGGCCAUCGACCCCGAGAACGGCAUCGUCACGGUGGCCCAGCCGCUGGACCGGGAGGCGGCGCAUGUCAUCAACAGCACCUACAAGGCCAUUGUCCUGGCCGUGGACAGCGGGCUUCCGGAUGCCACCGGCACGGGGACGCUGCUCCUCCAUCUCCUGGAUGUGAACGACAACGCGCCCACGCUGGAGCCCCGGUCCUUUGAGAUCUGCAGCCGGGAGCCCGAGGAGCAGAUUCUGACCAUUGUUGACAAGGACCUGCCCCCCAACACCUAUCCCUUCCAGGCAGAGCUGGCCCUUGGCUCUGUCACCAACUGGACUGUCAGGGUGAUCGGACAAGACCAGGUGGUGCUGAAGCUGACGAAGGAGCUGGAGCCAGGGGAGUACAACGUCUUCCUGAAGCUGACGGACGCGCAGGGCAGGGCACAGGCGACACCGGUGAAGGUCCAAGUGUGCAACUGUGAAGGACCAGUCAAAAACUGUAAUGUGAGCAACAACCCACCUGUCUUCACCCAAGCAGUUUUUCAUGGCACCGUGCGGGAGGGAGCUGAGCCAGGGACGCCAGUGCUGCGGGUGCUGGCCACCAGCACGGACAGCUCAGUGAACUCCAGCAACAGGGCAGUGGUCUAUUCCAUCCUGUGUCAGAUGCCAGACCGGCCCCAGCCCCACAUGUUUGCUGUCAACAGCAGCACCGGGAUGAUCUCUGUGGCUGCAAAGGGGCUGGCAGCACAGGUGGUCCCUGAAUACACCCUGGAGGUCCAGGCAGCCUACGCAGCCAGCUCUGGGCUGCGGGCCACAGCCAGAGCCACCAUCAAAGUGCAGGCAGAAGGUAUGAACGAGCCAGAGAACGGCUUCCUGACCAGCCACGUGCUGAACACGGCCACGGGGCUGCCGGCUGCCGGCGUGGCUGUCCAGCUGGCUCAGCUGGAGGGGCCGGGGCUGCGGUGGAUGGAGCUGGCACAGAGGUGGACAGGGGAGGACGGGCGCUGCGGACCCUUCCUGGCUCUGGGACAGGUCAAGGCUGGCACCUACAAGCUGCGCUUUGAGACGGGGGCAUACUGGCAGGGCCUGGGGCAGGCCAGCUUCUACCCCUUCGCAGAGGUUGUCUUCACCAUUGCUGACCCAGCCCAGAAGCUGCACCUCCCACUGUUAAUCAGCCCCUUCUCCUACACCACAUACCGGGGCAGUUAGGGGACAGGCAUGUCCCCCCCUGUGUCACUGGGGGCAAAAUAUGCCACUGACACCAUUAAAGGCUUCAAACCAGCA